AUGGUCUCCAUUACAAAACAUGAGCUACCCCCGCUUGAUGUAAAAGCAGAAUUUGACGUUAUCGAGAUUGAGCCUCACAAGUUUAGAGGAGUCAAGCCUUUAGCCAAACCAUCCAAACUCACGAGGGGAGCAUAUGGUGGCAAUAUUGUUGCACAAGCUAUCCUUGUAGCCAUACGUUCUUCCCCGGCGAGUAGAUCUUUUGUUCCCAAUUCGAUCCAUUCGUAUUUCAUUAAAGCUGUGAGUGACCAAACCCCCAUGGUCUGGGAGGUCGAAGAGAUUACUACUGGGAGAACGUUUGUGCAUCGAUAUGUACGUGGCUUACAAGAUGGAAGUAUAGUAUUCACAGCAAUGGUUUCUUUAACUAGCAAUAAUUCUACAAAGAAUAACAACGGAAAAGACGUGAGUUCAUUAAAUUUCAGUAUUCCUGCUACAAAUACUAUGCAGCAGGAUAUUAAGGAUUUACCAGUGGUAUAUCACAUUGACCCACUUUUUGCAUUUCAGAAAAUAUACCCUUUUCAAAAUGAUCCUGAGAAUGUUACUUUUUUGAUAAGAUGGGGGAUAACUGAUGAUAAGCAAUACAACCAACCAUUGAUUAAUCUCUCCGAAGAGUUCAAAUACGUCGGUUUCACUAGUCUCACGGAUUGGAUUGCAAUGGAGUUGUUAUUACCGCAUAUUGAUAUCGAUGUUCGACCAAGAGUAGAGGCAUCAAUCGACCAUAAUAUCCAUUACCAUGAUGACGAUUUCCAAGUGGAUCAAUGGUUCGUAUACGUUUUGAAUUUAAAAUGGGUGGGACACGAUCGAGCGUUGAUCAAGGGAGACAUAUUCACUCUGGAAGGUAAGAAACAUAUUGCUACGAUUGUACAAGAAAGAUUGUUUAUUACUAGUCCAAAAAUCUGA